GCCUGUACGAAUUGUCAGCACGCACACAACGAGAUCUUCGGUGUCGGGUGUCGGUGUCGCUUAAAGAGUUGCGUCAAAUUUCAUGGGCGAAUGAUUGAGGUACGGAACGGAUAAAAGAAACCGGAGGAAAAAAAGUGGAAAAGUACGCAGUGUAUACAUACAAUCGUUCGUCGUGUAGACCCGCAAGAGACGACUACAGCGAGAAUGAGCGAACUCGUCUGGGGAAUAAAGAACGGCGAUCUCGAGCAAGUGCGAGAUAUCGUCGAAAACAAGGAUAUUGAUGUAAAUCAAAUGAUUGAUGGAAGAACGCCAUUACAUUAUGCAGCAGAUUAUGGUCAAAGCGAAGUUGUCAGAUAUUUGUUGGAGAAGGGAGCAAAUGCCAAUGCUACAGAUAAGCAUGGAAUCACAACAUUAUUGGCGGCAAUUUGGGAGGGACAUACAAACUGUGUAAAACUGUUGCUGGAGAAAGGCGCUAAACCGGACGGUUUAACGCCGGACGGUACAAGUUAUCUGGAUGCGGCCGAGAAAGACGAGAUUAAACAGCUUUUGAAACUCCACUAGCAUAAAGCUAAACAAAACGCGGAAUAAUAAUUUUGUUAUUUUAAUACGUUAAUGUUCCUCCUUAUAGAGAGAGAGACUAUUCCACCGCAGCUUUGUUUUGAUUUUUUGCCUAUGAUGACUAGGAUAUCGUAUUUAAGCACUCUAAAUUAAAUGAACAUAGGUACGUGAAUACUGUUUUAUAAUAAUAAUAAUAAUAAUAUAAUAUACUGCAUGUCGACAGAGUAUACAAUGAAGAAAUUAUAUUCUUCUCGUGAUAAUUAAUUCUUCAUGGUUCUAAAUACAUUUAUAUAAGUUACAGGUUUAGAAUAAUAAGAUAUUAUUUCGCGCACAUAAUUGCGAUCAGUUAAGAAAAUUAGUUUAAAUCUUCACAAUCACACACAUACUCACAUACACACACACGUGCAUAUACACAUACCAAUAUAAAAUAUAAUGUAUUUUGAUAUAUUCUAUAAGAUGAUACAUAUUGUUUGUUAUUAAUUUAUAGAAAAUUUUCCUGAAAACCUUUUUAUACAUUUUUAUGUCAAUUGUUUAUAAUAUUUUAUUCUCCAUUUUAAGCCUGAUAUUUUCGUGAUUAGGUCGGUGGAAUUCCUUAUACUCUGAAACAAAGUGCUAAACUGUCCUUUGAGAUACUUGUGCGUUGAGUUGAGUUUUGAACGAGAUAUGUAUAAAUUGCGAUAAAAAAGAAGUAAUACAUUUGCAAUGCUAACAAGUGUGUAACGUAUCUAAUGGAUGCUAAGGAUGUACAAUAAUCAAAAGUAAUAAGCAAAUACAUCAUUGUUAUAU